AAAUAUUAUUUUUUGUUACUACAAUGAGAAUCUUUGCCAUUCCAAUCCUCCGAAAUCGUUGGGCCUACUACUGUCAUUCGACUCUGCCGUCAACAUCACGACUCACAAAGGCCGUCGAUUGGUCAAGUAAAAAGUGGGAAGGGUUAGGAGAAGCCAAGCCAGACUCGUGGAAGAGAAAGCUUUAUGACCAAGGUACCGGACUUAUGAACCAGCUUGACUAUCAGGAAUGGUUCCUUAAAAGCGUGCCUGUUAAAGAACAUCUUGAACAACCUUUGAGGGUGGCAAAGGUACUUCAUCCCUCCAGCCUGACUGACUCUCAAAUCCAAGACAAUCUGGAUGCACUACUGAAGGAAAAGGAACCGUAUCACAAGAAGUAUAUGUAUUAUUCAGCGUAUUGGGUUCCGUUGUCUUGUACUUUUGUUGUUGUGCCUCUGGUACCAAAUAUACCUCUUUUCUACAAUUUAUUUCGUCUCUACAGUCAUUACAAAGGUUUGCUUGUUUCUGUUUCUGUUUCUGUGUUUAUUGUGCUUAGGAUGUUUGUCAUUUAUUAUACCUUUCUUUCUUUCUUUUGCCUUUUAUCUGUAGCCUACAAGGGAGCACAACACCUAGAAUUUCUUUCAUACCACAAUUGCCUCAGAUAUUCGAGCAAUCCUCAAAUUGACGAGAUUUUGAGUGGGGUAAAACUGGCAUCAUCUCAUGACGUUGUUUUCCCUUUGGAGCUGUCAAAAUCGGCUGAUGGCCCGUCUUCUAAACUCAAGUUGGAAUCAUUACAUCAGAAUUUUGAGGGUGUGAUAGAUCUGGAAAUAAUUGAUAGACUAGCCAAGGAAUUUGAUACACCCUCUUUAGAAGCAGAGCUUAAGCGUGCGCGUUAUCAAAUAUUAUCACAAAUAGCCAAACAACGCUUUGAAGAUCAUAAUCAUAAAAAUGAAUAAAAUUAAAUAAUUGCUUUAAAUC